GUUGCAUCAAUCAAGCCUUAUAAUAACAAUUGCUACUUCUGAAUCAUGAAGACUCACCUUCUUACAGUUCCGAGCAAGAAAACAGAAGAAAUCAAUUGGGUAAAACCAUUGAACAACUAUUUGGUUUCCAUUUAUGGCAACACUUCCAGUUACCAAGAUGAUUUGAACUCCUUUAACAAGUUACGUCAAGAUAUUAGGGGCGUUAACGCUGACAACACAGGAUUAAAACUUUAUUACAAGUACUAUAGUCAACUUGAACUAUUGGAUUUACGGAUUCCCUUCGCCACUGUGAAUAAACACAAGAAGCUUGAAUUUGAAUGGUUUGAUGCCUUUAGUCCAACUGUAGCCAAUAAACAAGCUGCUUUGCCCUUUGAGAAAGCAAAUGUAUUAUUCAAUCUUGCAGCCUUGUUGACUAGAUUUGCCAAGCAUAAGUAUGACGAAUCUAUUCAGGAUAGUGGAAGUGAGGGAGUAGAUGAUGCUACUAAAUCAACUAUUCAGUUAUUGCAACUGGCAGCUGGGGUAUAUCAAUUUAUAAAUGAAAAUUUCUUGCAUGCUCCUAGUG